AUGAUGUGCAGAAGGCAAGCUGCAGACAAAUGGCAGAAGAGGCGUCCGGGCGAAAAGGGAAAACGGGCCAAAGUUGGCGUCCAUCGGGCGCUAGAAGGUGUCGGCAACAUCGUCCGGCCAGCCGAGAGACUGGAUGACAGUCAAUCCAGCGUGUCUACCGUUGCUGGGGCCGGUACCUGUUCAGGCGGCAGCAUCUGCAAUGCUCGUAACGGUGGAAGCAGGCAGUUUUUGAGCACUUUUUUCAGUUGUACCGGUUGCCACGGUUGCAGCAGCAGCGACGAGAGUAUCCGUUGUGGAGGCUGA